AUGUUUCCAUGGGCAAGCAAAUUAUUCAAUCGCUGUUUGGUCGACACUUACGAAUCGCCCAAUCGUAUCCUUGACCAACAUCUAGCCAGAGUAUGGCCCGAUUCACCAACACCCAAACGCAAGCUUCGUCGCUUCGUCGCCUCUUCGUCUGAAGCAGAACUCGGUGCCAUCCAACACGAUUUCGAUCAUGUUUCCACUCCUUCUGCAACUCUUCAAACUGGACUGACUUUGAGUCUAUUUCCUUCUCUAUCCGCAUGUUCUCCACUCCAUGCCAAGUGUCUCCGUCUCUGUGGAGGUAUUCCAGAGGCCACAAUACCUCUUCAGUGUCACCCAUACGUUGAUCAGUGGCAACAUGAGUCCGGCUAUUCAAAGAGCCAAAACACUUCUCAGACAGAGCAUCAUGCCGGUGUCUACGAGGCCGCGGAUCGUCUGGAGCUGGGAGUAGCGCUGCGGGAAUACGAGGAUGAUGGCGUCGAGUCGGGAACGAGGAGCAGAACUGGACGGAAGAACACCAAACUACUUUCGGAGAAACAGGCAAAAGGAUUACUGUCAGGCGGGUUGGGCGAGCUCACUAACCGUUUGCAGACUCAGUUGAAACUAGGGCCUCUCUCGAAGUCGCAGAGCCUUAGUGACCGUAGGCAGAGAAGCAAAGGUUAG